GUGUCAAAUAAAAAGUAAUGGAGGGAGUAUUUUGAAUUCCCACCUUAUGUAUAAAGUCCACACAUUAGUUUCCUCUGUUGGAUCAGCAGUUCGCUAAAAAAUCCUUAACUCUCAAAACACCCCAAAUGACUUCAACUCCUGAGCCUUCAGAUUCUUUCAAACCCUACGAGCUCAAACACACUCUCUCCGGCCACAAACGCGCCGUCUCCGCCGUCAAAUUCUCUGACGACGGCAAACUCCUCGCCACUUCCUCCGCCGACAAAACCGCCAGAACAUGGGACGUCUCCGACGGCUCCCUUCUUCACGAAUUCCUAGGUCACGAACAAGGCAUCUCCGAUGUUGCCUUUUCCUCCGACGGACGUCAUUUAGCUACUGCUUCCGAUGACAAAACUAUCCGAUUAUGGGAUGUUGCUACUGGGGCCCAUGUCAAAACCCUAACAGGUCAUACGAAUUACGUAUUUUGUGUUAAUUAUAAUCCUCAAGCUAAUAUGUUGGUUUCUGGGUCGUUUGAUGAGACGGUUAGAAUGUGGGAUGUGAAAACUGGAAAGUGUCUUAAGGUGCUUCCGGCGCAUUCGGAUCCUGUUACUGCUGUGAAUUAUAAUCGGGAUGGGACGUUGAUUGUUUCGAGUAGUUAUGAUGGUUUGUGUAGAAUUUGGGAUGCUUCAACUGGACAUUGUGUGAAGACCCUUAUUGAUGAUGAAAAUCCACCUGUUAGUUUCGUCAAGUUCUCGCCCAAUGGCAAAUUUUUACUCGUUGGCUCUUUGGAUAAUUCUCUGAGGCUUUGGAACUUCUCGACAGGAAAAGUUCUGAAAACUUACACAGGCCAUGCCAACUCAAAGUUCUGUGUUUCAUCAACAUUUUCUAUAACAAAUGGGAAAUAUAUUGUCAGUGGUUCUGAGGAUAAGUGUGUGUAUUUGUGGGAACUUCAAUCGAGGAAGAUAGUUCAAAAAUUGGAAGGUCAUACUGAUACUGUGAUUUCUGUAGCAUGCAACCCCACUCAGAACAUGAUUGCUUCUGGUUCUCUUGGGAAUGACAAGACUGUGAAGAUAUGGACUCAGGGGGAAGACUAACUAUUCUUUUAUUUAUUCCAAUGCAUUUGUGCAGUCCAAUUAGGUGAUGUAGCGCAGGUUGCUGCAUCUUUUUCGCCUUGCAUGCAAGAAUGUCUUAUUAAUGUAGAAACUCUCUAUCUUUUAGAUUCUGGCAGUUGGUGAUCUUGAUGCGCUUUCAGCUUUUGUCUUAGUUAUUGUAAUUCAGGAAUUUGCUUUUCUAGACGAAUAACUGUAUCUGAAUUAUGAAAAUCGUUUCAAUUUUAACUUUUACUUCGUCGCUCA